CCAACCUGUGUUUCUUUCUUCUUGGAAGCUCCCCCCCUCCUCCCUCUCUUUCUCUCUCCUCCGAGAAAGGAAAAAGCACCACUUCUCUCUCUAAGAUCCCCCCAUUCUCGCUGAAGGUUUAUGCGCUUUUUCUUCUUCAUAUCUUCUUCUUCAACAAGGCGACUUAAUACGUAUACAUGCGUUUGCAUAAGUGUUGUGUUGUGUGUUGGAGAUAGAAGAGAAGGUUUGUUUUGAGAAUUUGGGUCUUUGGGUUUUUUUUUUUUGUUCCUUCAGUUUCUUCAACCGCUAUUGCUCAAUGACCCGAAUUGGGGUCGAAUCGAAAACCUUACUAGACUUCGUCUGUGAUGACUCUUGAUACUAGUGGAUGGCUCGAUUUCAUUCUCAAUUCGUCUUCUUCUUUGUCCUUGUUGCGGGUUUUGCCGUAAACCCUAGUUCAAGCUAUCGAUUCACCAUUGUGGAACCGAUUUCGGGUUCUGAUUCGGAUUUGAACUCGGAUUCAGAGUCGCUACUUUUCCAUCAGGAUUACUCUCCGCCUGCUCCGCCACCGCCACCACCGCACGGACCGUCGGUAUCUUGUAGCGAGGAUCUCGGCGGCGUUGGGUUUUUGGAUACUACUUGUAAGAUUGUCGCCGAUUUCAACCUUACGCACGAUGUGUAUAUAGCUGGGAAGGGUAAUUUUAUCAUCCUGCCUGGUGUUAAGUUUCACUGCCCCAUCCCUGGUUGCUCUAUAGCUAUCAAUGUUUCUGGUAACUUCUCUUUGGGUGCGGAAUCUACAAUUGUUGCUGGGACAUUGGAGCUUGCAGCUGGUAAUGCUAGCUUUGCUAACGGGUCGGCUGUGAACACCACGGGUUUAGCUGGGAACCCUCCUCCACAGACUAGUGGCACGCCGCAGGGGAUUGAUGGUGCUGGUGGUGGACAUGGUGGUAGAGGUGCUUGCUGUUUAACUGACACUAAGAAGCUUCCUGAAGAUGUGUGGGGAGGUGAUGCAUACUCGUGGUCCACUCUACAGAUGCCGUGGAGCUAUGGUAGUAAAGGAGGGUCAACGAGCAGAGAGAUUGAUUAUGGAGGAGGAGGAGGUGGGAAAGUGAAAAUGGAUAUUCUUCAGUUUCUGGAUGUUAAUGGAAGCAUUUUGGCAAAUGGAGCUUAUGGAGGAGCCAAAGGCGGUGGUGGGGCUGGUGGCAGCAUCUACAUCAAGGCAUACAAGAUGACUGGAAUUGGACUGAUCAGUGCAUGUGGUGGGAGUGGUUAUGGUGGUGGGGGUGGUGGAAGAGUAUCUGUCGAUAUUUUUAGCAGGCAUGAUGACCCAAAGAUCUUUGUGCAUGGCGGAUACAGUAUCGGUUGUCCAGAUAACUCAGGCGCUGCUGGGACGCUAUAUGAUGCUGUUCCCCGAAGCCUUUUCGUUAGUAACUACAAUAUGACGACAGACACUUAUACGCUUCUCUUAGAAUUUCCCUUCCAGCCACUUUGGACCAAUGUUUAUAUUCAGGAUAAAGCACGAGCAACUUGUCCUCUGUUAUGGAGUCGUGUCCAGGUUCAAGGACAAAUUAGUUUACUAUGCGGUGGUGUUUUGAGCUUCGGAUUAGCUCAUUAUGGUACAUCGGUAUUUGAGUUAUUGGCGGAAGAACUCUUAAUGAGUGAUUCUACUAUCAAGGUUUAUGGGGCAUUAAGGAUGACUGUCAAGAUGUUCUUGAUGUGGAAUUCAGAAUUGCAUAUAGAUGGAGGAGGAGGAGAUACAAGUGUUUCCACUUCCAUACUUGAGGCUAGCAAUUUAUUCGUUCUUAGGGGAUCAUCUGUCAUUCGGUCAAAUGCAAAUCUUGGAGUCCAUGGACAAGGUUUCUUGAAUCUAACUGGACCAGGGGAUUCGAUUGAAGCACAACGGCUUGUUUUGUCUCUGUUUUACCGGAUAUAUGUUGGGCCUGGGUCUAUUUUGCGUGCUCCUCUACAGAAUGCGUCUCGAGAUGCUGUUACACCAAAGCUCUAUUGUGAACGGCAAGAUUGCCCUUAUGAACUACUGAAUCCUCCAGAGGAUUGCAAUGUCAAUUCGUCUCUGUCCUUUACCCUACAGAUAUGCCGAGUUGAGGAUAUUCUCGUCGAAGGUUUCAUUAAAGGAUCAGUAGUUCAUUUCCACCGAGCAAAAACUGUAACCCUUCAACUCUCUGGGGAGAUAAGUGCCAGUGGAAUGGGUUGUAGAGGUGGCGUAGGUGAAGGUAAAUUGCUUGGAAAUGGCAUUGGCAGUGGUGGUGGGCAUGGUGGUAAAGGAGGGCGUGUAUGUUACAAUAACAGCUGUGUUGAAGGUGGAAUUACAUAUGGGAAUGCAAAUCUCCCUUGUGAGCUUGGCAGUGGAAGUGGUGACUAUAGCCCUGGUUAUUCAUCGGCUGGUGGUGGUAUUGUAGUGAUAGGUUCAAUGGAGCAACCUCUAUCUGGUUUAUCACUUAAAGGCUCUAUUAGGGUUGAUGGAGAAAGUGUCAAACGUUUGAGUAGAGAUGAAAACGGUUCUAUUCUAGCACCUGGGGGUGGCUCUGGUGGAACAGUCCUUUUGUUCCUGCGUUAUCUUAUGUUAGGAGAGUCGUCUCUUCUCUCAAGUGGUGGUGGGUCUGGCAGUCCUGCUGGUGGUGGCGGCGGUGGAGGUGGGAGGAUUCAUUUUCAUUGGUCAAACAUUCCCACUGGAGACAUAUACCAGCCAAUUGCUAGUGUAAAAGGAAUAAUUCAUGCACGAGGGGGAGCGGCAGUAAAUGAUGGGUUUUUUGGCAAAAAUGGCACAAUAACUGGGACGGAUUGUCCGAAGGGACUCCAUGGUAUAUUUUGUAAGGAAUGCCCAUCUGGUACAUUCAAGAAUGUUACGGGAUCUGACUCUUCUCUUUGUCGUCCUUGUCCCGUUGACGAGCUUCCAACUCGUGCUGUCUACGUCCCAGUUCGAGGUGGUGUUUCUGAGACACCAUGUCCAUAUCGAUGCGUAUCGGAAAGAUAUCACAUGCCUCACUGUUACACCGCGCUUGAGGAGUUAAUUUACACAUUUGGUGGGCCUUGGUUGUUUGGUCUCCUUCUGAUGGGUCUCCUCAUCCUCUUAGCACUUGUACUUAGUGUUGCACGAAUGAAAUUUGUUGGAGUUGAUGAUCUACCUGGCCCAGCUCCCACGCAGCAUGGCUCUCAAAUAGAUCAUUCAUUCCCUUUCCUGGAAUCACUAAAUGAGGUGUUGGAAACAAAUAGAGCAGAGCAAUCUCAGAGUCAUGUGCAUAGAAUGUAUUUUAUGGGUCCUAAUACAUUCAGUGAGCCAUGGCAUCUCUCGCACAUCCCCCCGGGGGAGAUAAAAGAGAUAGUAUAUGAGGCUGCGUUUAACACAUUUGUUGACGAAAUCAACUCUAUAGCUGCUUAUCAAUGGUGGGAAGGUGCAAUAUAUAGUAUUCUGUCAGUAGUUGCAUAUCCGCUUGCAUGGUCAUGGCAGCAAUGGCGGCGGAAGAUGAAGUUGCAAAAAUUGCGUGAGUUCGUACGUUCAGAAUAUGACCAUUCUUGUUUACGCUCCUGUCGCUCCCGAGCUUUAUACGAGGGUUUGAAGGUCGCUGCAACCUCCGAUUUGAUGCUUGCGUAUCUGGAUUUCUUUCUUGGUGGGGAUGAAAAAAGGACGGACAUUCAUACUCUUGAGGAUUGUGAACCAACAUCACCUCAGUGUGUCAGUGAAUCAGCAUGGACUGAAAUCCAACCACGGUACGGCGUGCAUGCACACAAAGAAAACUCUCCAGCACAUUUAAGAGAGAGUAUGCUCUUCAACCAGACCAACAUAAACACUGAAGAUUAUACAACACGAAGAAAGAACUAUGGAGGGAUAAUCGACCUUGACAGCUUACCGAGUCUGAAAGAGAAGAGAGAUAUGUUUUUCCUUCUCUCUUUCUUAGUUCACAACACUAAACCAGUGGGCCACCAGGAUAUGGUUGGCUUAGUUAUCUCGAUGUUACUUUUAGGAGAUUUUAGUUUAGUCUUGCUCACACUGCUCCAGCUGUAUUCGAUUUCUUUGCUGGAUGUACUUUUGGCUUUGUUUAUAUUACCUCUCGGCUUGCUUCUGCCAUUCCCUGCUGGGAUUAAUGCCUUAUUCAGCCAUGGACCCAGGCGUUCUGCUGGCUUAGCACGUGUUUACGCUUUGUGGAACUUCAUCUCCUUAGUCAAUGUGUUUGUUGCUUUUCUCUGCGGAUAUGUUCAUUAUAACACUGAAUCAUCAGCUAGCAAGAAAACUCCUUUCCAGCCAUGGAAUAUAAACAUGGGUGAAAGUGAAUGGUGGAUAUUCCCAGCAGGAUUGGUCGUGUGUAAGAUAAUGCAAUCGCAGCUCAUAAAUCGACAUGUAGCAAACCUGGAGAUACAAGACCGCUCAUUGUAUAGUAAGGAUUAUGAGCUUUUUUGGCAGUCGUGACAAAGUCUCGUCAGGUAAUUUUCCUCAGAACAACUAAAAACAGUCCUGCCCCAGUUUGGAGUGGGGAUUUCAGUUUG